AUCCGAGGCUUGCGUAUUGUUCCCGGUCCGUUUUGGCCACCAGGCCAGUGCGAGGCCCAGCCAGGUCGAUUGGCUGGACUUGUGUUGGGUGGCGAAUUUCGUCAGCAUCGCAGUCAUCAUGAUGUUGUGUCUGAGCCAUUUCGGUGUGAUCGCCGUGCCGCAAGCGUUUCUCCGUCAUCAGGUGUUUGCAGCGUUUUGGGGGAUUGGCUGUGGACCGCUGUUGCUGGCUGGCGGUGUGUUGGGAAACGCCUUGAUCUUUCACGACGCGGACAACGUGGCUUCUGUUUUGAUACACUUGUUCCCGUCGCUGGUCAUGUACAAUAUGCGUUUUCACGCUGACGCAGUGCGAGAAGCUUGGCCUCAAUUCAGGCUUGACUACUUCGAUGAUAUCACGGGAGCCGACAUCAUCAUCGCUUCCACCACGUUCUAUCUCCUCUGGGUAUCUCUCUACCUCCUGUGGCUGGUCACGUGUGGCAUGUCGUUUCCGCAGCGGGGUUACGACACCAUCUUUCAUUAUACCAUGCGAAACCACACGGGGGCGCUGAUAUACAAGAGGUUCCGAGGCGUCGACCAGGAAGAACACCGCAAGUUGGCCAAGAGCAAUAACUUCCAGCGGGCCGAUGCAUUGAUCUAUGUGGCUUGCCAUGCAGGUUUGUCUUUCGUGGCCAUUUUGACGACCUUGCCCAGCUUCUUCUACUCUUCCUUCCACUUGCUCGUCACCCUCGUUGUGACCAUACUGGUAAUCUACAAUGGUGCUAAGAGGUACACCUACUAUACAACGAAGUUGUACUGCAAAUUGAUGAAGGAUGCCGUCCAGGAAGUCACUUCUGGAGGAACUCGCGAACGCGCAUGGGCUCCAGCCAGUGAGGGCGCCGCGAAUCCCUCGACCGACGUGUCUGCACUAAGUCCUGAGGAGUUUGAUGGUGAUCGAAAUUCGCGCGUGGAUGCCGCAGGCACCUCCCGGCCCCGCCUGCAGAGGACGUUGACCACGGUCGAGCGCCAGACUUUGGAGAGGGGCCUUGAGAUCGUGAGUGCGACGGCGCAGAGGUUGCAGGCCAGGGGGCUCAGCACGACGAAUUUCUUCCUGGGGGUGUGCAAUUGCCUCUUCGUGGCGUGGAGCUUCGGGAGGAUUCCGCAGCACUUCUGGCUGGUGUAUUUGCUCGAGGCCUGCGUGCUGUUCCCCGCCCGUUUCAGCCACCAGGCCAGUGCGAGGCCCAGCGAAGUCGCCUAUUGGUUCGACUUCUGUUGGGUGGCGAAUUUCGCGAGCAUCGGGGGCAUAGUGGUAACGUUUUUAGACCACUUCCAGGUGAUAGUCGUGCCGCAAGCGUUUCUCCGUCAUCAAGUUUUGGCGGCCGCCUGGGGAAUCGGUUGUGGACCGCUGCUGCUGGCUGGUGGCUUUCUGGGGAACGCCUUAAUCUUUCACGACGCGGACAACGUGGCAUCGGUCUUGAUACACCUUUUCCCAUCGCUGGUUAUGUACAACAUGCGGUUUCACGCCGACGUUGUGCAUGAGGCGUGGCCCCAAUUCAAGCUUGAUGAAUUCAACGAUGUUACUGUAGCCGACAUUGUCCUUGCGUCCGCCGCGUUCUAUCUCUUUUGGGCGUCUCUCUACCUCCUGUGGCUGGU